UCCCCCUGCCUUUCGACAUUGCACCCCCCCUGUGGAGGCUCAAACUUUGUGGCGACACAUUGUUAGCUUCUAGCCUCCACCCACAUCCCCUCUGUCAGGAUGUUGGAGGGACUUGUUGCCUGGGUACUGAAUACAUACCUGGGUAAAUAUGUCAGCAACCUAAAUACAGAUCAGCUCUCCAUUGCCCUUCUUAAAGGUGCGGUGGAGCUAGAGAAUCUACCUCUGAGGAAGGAUGCUCUCAGAGAGUUUGACCUUCCCUUUGAAGUCAAAGCAGGCUUCAUUGGAAAGAUCACUCUCCAGAUCCCUUUCUACCGGCCUCACAGUGACCCCUGGGUCAUCUCCAUGUCCCAGCUUAACCUGAUCAUUGGCCCUGCCCGGCCCCAGGAAUACGACGAACAGAAGGAGAAAGAGGAGGCGAGAGAGCGCAAAAAACAGCUCCUGAAGGCCCUUGAGGAAAAAUGGAAAAGCGAAUGUGAACAAAGAGGAGAGUCAUACUGGUAUUCUGUCACUGCCUCAGUGGUCACCAGGAUAGUUGAGAACAUUGAGCUGAAAAUCCAAGGUGUGCACUUGAGAUUUGAGGAUGACUUCUCCAACCCCGAGAAGCCGUUUUCCUUCGGAGUUUGCAUCAACAAUGUGUCCGCUCAGAACUCAUCCAAAGAACCGGUUCAGAAGCUCCUCAGACAGAAGCAGCUGGAGAUUGAGGACUUCAGCGUUUACUGGGACACAGAGUGUGACAUGCUGGGAAACCUCCCUGCAAACCAGAUCCAGGAGGCCAUGAUCAAGUGUAUGCAGAGCCGCGAGCAUCAGUACAUCUUCGAACCUGUGUAUGCCUCCGUGUUACUGAGAAGAAAUGCCUGUAAGGAGCCACUGCGGUCUCGGCACACCCCCCGGAUUGAGGGGCAAGUUCAGCUGGAGCCCAUGUCCUUACGCAUGUCACAGAUCCAGUACCAACAGAUCAUGGCUUUCCUGAAAGAGCUUGACCGCAGGGAGAGAGAAAUGCUCUACCGAAAAUGGAGGCCAAAAAUCUCAGUUACUGGGAACUGCCGCCAGUGGUGGCUGUUUGCCAUUCAGGCGAACCUGAGUUCAAUCCGAGAGCAGCGAUGUAGAAGCAGCUGGGAGUUUGCUCUAAAGCGGGCACAGGACACUAAGCUCUAUACCAACAUCUACUUCCAAAAACUCAAGGGAGUGCCCCUCAGUCAGUCUGAACAGUGCGAGCUGGAGAGAGUAGAAGACGAACAGACUUUGGAAGAGCUACAGAGUCUGAGGGAAAUCGUCUUUGACCGCUUCAGAAAGCAGGAAGAGGUAGCAGAGAGUCUGCGAGAGCCCAUAGGUGAACCGCCACCCUGUUCACCUACCAGCUCCAUUCCUAAAAGUGGGAGUUCUGGGAUGAUCCAGUAUCUGCAGUCUUGGUUCCCUGGCUGGGGGGGCUGGUAUGGAGACACUGAGGACCUAGACAGAAACCCUGAAGAGCUUCUACCUGGUCCAGCCACCUGGGAUAUUCUGGAGACGGAGGACUUGUUUGACCCUCUGGAAGACUCUCAGACUCUAAACACAUUCACCAGAAGAGACUUCCUGUUUGCCCGGAUGGAGUUCUUCCUGGAGAAAGGUGGUGUAACUCUGUUCCAUCAAGACAAGAAAGAGGAUUCCCUGAAUGAAAGUGGGGUCAUCCAGCUGGAAUUUACAGGGGUGAAGGUGAUAGUGGAGUCUCUGCCUCGCUCAGAAUCCUCCAUGCUGUCUGUUAAGCUAGGGGGGUUGUUCCUGAGAGACUUGACUACUCAGGGCUCCAUCUUCCCUGUCCUGGUCUCCCCUAAAACGGACGAGGUUGUUGCCAUUAACCAGCCAUUUGCACAAUGCAGCACUGGCUCAGGAUCUCAUUUGGAGUCUUCAGCACCACCUGUUUUUGAGAUGAUCUAUGAGCGUAACCCUAUGAGAUGUAAAUUUGAAAGGAAUCUGGAAGUGAAUACUAGUCCACUAAACAUCAUCUACAACCCUCAAGCAAUAAAGAAAGUCACUGAAUUUUUCUAUAAAGGAAAGGUCCACACUUCAGGUUUUGGAUACCAGUCAGAGUUGGAGCUGAGAGUGGCAGAGGCUGCCAGGAGGCAGUAUAACAAACUGAAGAUGCAGACCAAGACCGAGAUUAGACAAACAAUUGAUCAGCUGCUCGUUGGAGAGUUCAUUGAGAACAGUAAGCGGUGGAACUUGAAACUGGACAUUUGUGCACCCCAAGUGAUUUUUCCAGAUGACUUCCAAUCAGAGGACCCUAUGUUAGUGGUAGUCGAUUUGGGUAGGAUUCUCCUUACAAACUCACAAGAUGAUACAAAGGCUAGUUCAAAAGAUACUCAACCUGAGGGGGAAGAAGCAAGUGAUGACGAGUACCAGACACCACUUGCCACUCCUCCAGAGUCUCCACCUCCUGAACUAGACAUGCCUGUGAAAGAAUCUCUUAAGAGCUCUGAAAUGCCCAGCCUUACAUCUCCUGGAAGUACCCAGGCUUAUAGUAGAAAACUGUAUGAGAAGUAUUCCCUGUCCUUCAAUGACCUGCAGAUUAUGGUUGGUCAUUUUAAAGACAACUGGAAACAUCUUCAGCAGAGUGAGGUAGGGCCGACCCACGUCGUGGAGAAAUUUAAUGUGCUUCUUCAGCUGGAGCAGAGACUACGCUAUACAUCAGAUCCUCAGCUACCGGGGGCUGUGCUGUCAGGAACCCUACCAGACCUCAAAGUUCACAUCAACCUGGAGAAAAUGACUGCCAUCAGGAGCUGUUUGCUUAAGCUGAGUAGUCCCCCUGUGGGGAAGGAGAAAAAGGGCCAGGAGAGAGGCCGAAAAAUCAAGUCCCCUGAUCCUCUUUUUCUCCGCCAUGAGAAGAUAUUUCAACGGGAGGACAGUUCAUGGAAGCUUCAGGGUUCCACAAGAAACCUGACCCAUAGUGUCAUGACUCUGGAGCAGCACACACGGGAAGUAUUGGUGGAAUCGCGUCUUCUCUUGGCUGAGUUCAACAUAAACUACAUGCAGCUCGGUGUGGAGAGUGGUGGUCGCUAUAUCUCUGUUCUCAAGGUGUUUGGUACCAAUGCUCAUUUUGUCAAGCGCCCAUAUGAUGCUGAAGUCUCCCUGACUGUUCAUGGCCUUUUGUUGGUUGACACAUUACAGACCUAUGGCUCAGAUUUUGACCUCUUGGUUGCUUCUCACAAGCAUCUCAGCUUUGACGUACCUACUGGCAGCCUCCGAGAGAGCCAGCCCUCCUCUCCUGUCUCAUCUGAUGGGAAGUCACCUGAUUACCAGGGUCUUCGUCAUGUGUCACCAUCCGGAAUGCUCUUGGACAGAACCUUCCCUUUCAGUUCCUUUCUCAAAGACCAAGAUGCCCUUAUUAAGCUUGAAUACCAAUUUGUCAGCUCAGAAUGUCCCUCCAUGAACCUGGAUAGCUCUCUUCAGGUAACAACCAUGCAGGUUAACAACCUAGACAUUAUUCUUAACCCUGAGACCAUGGUGGAGCUUCUCAAAUUCCUUCAAAAAUCCUUCCCCAAAGAGGAGAGCACUUGGACACCAUCAGUGCAACAGUCAACAACAAAGCAUGAAGAUGAAGAACAGGAAGGGAACUAUCAGUCCACCUAUGACCAAAACCAAGAACUUACAGUAGAGAUCCACCGACUAAACCUCCUUCUCCUUCGAACUGUGUCCACGGGCAGUGUUUUAGGUGCAGAGAAGAAGGGGUUGAAGAUCGCCACUGCCAGCAUAAGUGGCACCAAGGUCAAUGUUUCCAUGGGUAGUAGGUUAGAUGUUAAUGGUUCAUUGGGGUCUUUGCAGUUACUUGACUUGACUCAGGAAGGAGGUCGGAGUCAGUUUGUGGUCAGCAUUGGUAAUGUGGAAGAUAUUUCCUUAACCCCUGGGGAACGUGCAUGUUUUGUAGGUGUCGAAGUUUCGUCUUCAGAAGCUCUGAACUUCCGACUUCUGGAAAGGUCCCAAGGAGAGUGCUCCUUAAACCUUCAGAUGGCAUCCUUGCACUACAACCACUCAGCCAAGUUUCUUAAGGAACUCAGUCUUUCUGCCAAUGAGGUGGAAGACAACUUCCGCUCUAUGUUAAAAACUGCUGCCACCAAAGUGUCGACAGUGCUGGCCACUAAAACGGCAGAGUACAGUGGUAUGGUUUCACUUUUUGAGACUCCCUCACGACGAACUCGCACACAGAGCCAGAGCUGGGUUGAUGAUGAGGAAAAUACUACUGUGGAAGUGACAGAAUCCCCUUUAGACACAUUCUUAGUGAAGCUUACCCUCAAUAUCAGCAUUGAAUCACCAGUUGUGUCCAUUCCACGAAAACCCGGACAUCCAGAGCUGUUAGUUGGUCACUUGGGGAGUAUAUUGAUCCAGAACUUUGUCACCGGACAAGACUCUGAAGGAGAGAGAUUACAGGUGUUGGUAAAAGAUAUUUGCCUCUACUCCCUCAAUAUGAGCCAUCUGGUAUCAAGAAAGAAUAUUAGAAGUGAUAAUACUCUAAGCUCCAGCAUGUCACCGCCCUUCAACAGGAACACCAGUCAGGAUGAGCCACAGUUUACACGCCUCAACUUUUUUGAAUCACUCAGUUGUGGAAAAGCCUUUCAUAUUUUGAAAGACACCACCAUUCAGUUCACACUGGAGAAAAUUUCAGUUGAUGAAGACAAUCCAUUUAACUGCCUUACCACAGAUGAGCCCUAUAAGAGAACAAGUUUACUGAGCAUUGAGGGGAAAUUUGUCAAUCCUGUUCAGGUGUUCCUUUGCAAGCCUGUGUAUGAGCAAGUCCUCCAGACGCUAGACAACCUCACCUUGAUUGAGGAGCAACGCGCUACACCCAGUCAGCCACCAACGCCCCCACCUCCAACCCCCUCAUCCUCCAAACCUCACCGCUUCCCUGACCCUCAGGGAGGGUUGUUUGUCAGGGAUCCACCCAAUGUCACCCUCUCAUACUCGUCCUUUUCCUCUCCUCUGCCACUGGAGUCUCACAGACCAUCUCUUCAAACCCCCUCAUUCACUCAGGUGAGAGCCACAUUUCGGGUGGCCGAGCUGCAAGUCCACCUUAGUGCUGACCUCACCCAGGGUUCCCAGGGCCUGGUCAGUCUACGCUUCCAAGACUUGGAGGGAGACUUCACCAAAGACCACCCCCAUUCGCUUGCAGUCCAGCUUGCCCUGCGUUCGCUGCUUAUGGAGGACCUCCUGGAACAAAACCCUGAGUCCAAGUACAAGCAUUUAAUGGUGUCUCGUGGAGCUCCCAAACCUUCAACCUUCAGUCCUAAGGAAUACUUGUCACAAAGCUGCCCAUCCACAUCCAAUGCCCUGUAUCCCGACAUGCCACGCUCUCUGCCUGCCCACAUGGAGGAGGCUCAGAAUGUCUUCCAGCUUUACCAAAGACACCCCAACACCCCCACACCUAUUAGUCACAAGACCAAGAAUGAUCCAGCUUGUCCCAGUACUCCACCACCUUCUCCAACCCAUCACAUGCCCCCCUCAAACCCCCCUCCAGACUUUGACGACUCUCUUGUGCACAUCAGCCUGCUACUGGUUGACCGGCGCCACCCAGAAUUCAAAUCACGUUAUGGCAGUGUGGAACGAAGUGUGGACGUUGACUUCAAUUGCUUGGAUGUUUUGAUCACAUUGCAGACCUGGGUGGUUAUCCUGGACUUUUUUGGAAUUGGUUCCACUGCCAAUAACCAUGCACUGAAGACGCCCACAGCGUUGUCUCAGGAUGUGCCUCAGCAUUUCCUGUAUGAGCCAGACAUAAGUGCUGACACUGUGAGAGAGGAGGUAACCGAGGUAAUCAACACAAAGCUGGAUCUCAAGGUUCAUGCCCUCUCUCUUGUGCUGAAUAAAAAAACCAAUGAGCUUGCCAAAGCGAGUGUUUCCAAACUAUCCGCUCAUCUGGAAAUGAUGGAUGGUGAUCUGGCAUUGCAAGGGAGUCUGGGAAGUUUGUCUCUGAGUGACUUAACCCCACAUGGUGACCUCUACCGAGAGCGCUUUACCACACAGGGAGGGGAGGCCCUGGUCUUCAACAUCCAUAAAUAUGGUGAGCCUGACCCUUGCAUGGAACGGGAAUGCGAUAUCAAAGUGUCGCUGCAGAUGGCCUCUGUGCAGUACGUCCACACCCAGCGCUUCCAGGCAGAGGUGGUAGCAUUCAUCCAACACUUCACCCAGUUACAGGACGUCUUAGGCAGACAGAGAGCAGCAAUGGAAGGCCAAGCUGUGCAUGAGCAUCCUCAGAGAGCCUCCCGUGUGUUACUGGACAUUGAAGCCGGUGCCCCGGUGCUCGUCAUCCCAGAGAGCUCCCGCUCACCUCGGGUCAUCGUGGCAAACCUCGGCCAGCUGCGCGUGCGCAACUCUUUUCUACCAGCUGGCACACAUGGUACCUUCUCACUUCAAGAUAAGGAACGUGCAAGCAGCACCCCUACCCAGAGUGUAGGUGGGACAGGUAAUGAGGAGAAGCCUAAAAGCUGUGCCUCUAGAACCACCUCCUCCUCUGGCUUCACCCUGGGCAGGCCUCAGCCGUCUGAGAUGUGGAGAAGUACUGAUGAGGUCAGCCCCCACAGCCAAGACCAUGUGUGCCUGUUGGAUUGCAUUGCCCUGGAUCUGCAGGAGAUGGAUAUCUUUGCUGCAGAGCGUUUGCCAUCUCAGCUCCUGGACAAUGGUGGAAAGCAGCCUACCAACUCCUCGGAUCUCGUCUUUCCCUCUUACUCUAUCCGUUGCACCAGAGACAGCCUACUCAAGGAACGUUGUCACCUGAAACUCAAAGUGGAACGUAACCUAGACAAGGAGCUGAGCCAUGCAGUGCCAGACAUGUCCAUCCACGGCAGCCUGUCAUCAGUUCAUUGCUUGCUGGACUUGGAACACUACCAUCUGAUCCGAGGGCUCCUGGAAAACAACCUUGGGGAGCCAAUAGAGGAGUACCUCCGGCCCUACAACCUGCAGGACCCCAGCAGCUAUACCGUGUUAAGUGGUGAUGUGUACACCAGCUUGUCCUUCCUGGUAGACAUGAUGGAUGUUAGUCUGGAGCUUCUGGACAAUCCCAAAGAUGCUGGCCAAAAAUAUUCACUGGCCAGGUUUGAUUUCAUGAAGUCCAAGCUGCUCUUUGAGAGUUAUUCCAAUGGUUCCAAGUCUGUCAACCUGGUGUCUCACUCCCUCCUGGCCUACGACACACGAUACAACGGGCCUAACAAGUACACUGGUGCAGGUGGCAGGACCAAGCACAAUGUGUUUGACUGCAUCCUCCAGCCCUCCAAAACAGGCACCAACCGCGCAUCACUGCAGCUGGAACUGCAUUACAGGUCCACGCGUGACUCCUCCUGCUUCACAAUGGUCCUCAACAACCUGAGGGUCUUCCUCCUGUUUGACUGGCUCCAGUUAGUUCGCGACUUCCUGCACAUGCCUGUGGAAAAGGGCUCAGAUGAUGCCCAGCCUCGCCAGCGCUGGCCCAGCAGCGGCAGUGACUCGGGUGCCGCCACUGGGGCCGUCAUGCCCAAGACCGUUAAGACGGGUGUGGUGACCAAGAGGUCCACAGUGCCUGUCACUCAGGACCGCUAUCUGGAGGUCAAGAUCAAUGUCACAGGGACAGAGUUUGUGGUUGUGGAGGACUCAUCCUGUCUGGACACCAACGCUAUCAUUCUAAAGGGCACCACCGUCCUCACCUACAAACCUCGUCUGCUAGACAGACCUUUCUCUGGCAGCCUUGCAGGAAUAGAGGUGUUCUCCUGUCGUCUGGGCAGUGAACAGGAGACGGCACUGUCUAUCAUCGACCCAGUCAACGUUCAGGUGGAGCUGUGCGGGAGCCCAACCUAUCAGAGCAGCUCAGGCCUACUGGAUGCCUUCAACAUGGAGGACUUCCCACCGCUGCUGGAGAUCCAGUUUCCUGCACUAGAUAUUCGUCUGUCCUACAACGACAUUCAGCUCUUCCUGGCCAUUGCCAAGUCCCUCCCCACUGCUAAUGCUUCACUGUCCAGCAAUCCUGCCAGCAUUUCUACAGAAAGCACAGAGCAGUCUUCUACCCAGAAAGACAGCUUCAGGCACAAGACAGACAUUCUGUUAGAAGGCCAGCUUACUCACCUGCAGGACCUUGGCUUUAGGAAGGAGGACUGCAAGAAAGCCUUGGUUUAUUGUAAAGGUCAGCUAGACCAGGCUGCCACUUGGCUGUUGGAGAAUGCAGACACCCAAACCACAGCUGGUCUCAGCAAAUCCAACACAGACACGGACAGUGCAAGUCACUCGGCUCCUCUGUCUGGAGUGGAGCUCAAGGCUGAGAGCGUCUGCAUCUGCCUUAUAGACGACUGUCUGGACUGUGACAUCCCACUGGCCGAACUCACCUUCUCUCGGCUGUAUGUACUGCAACGCAUCGGUUCCACUCAGGAAGGCAAUGCCAGCUUCACUCUGUCAGGAGACUAUUACAACAGAGAACUGUCCGGUUGGGAGCCCUUCAUCGAGCCCUGGCCUUGUUUUCUAACCUGGCAGCAGCAGGCCGCUGGCCGUCUUCAUCCUCCACGUCUCAAGAUAGCAGUCCAUGCCAAGCAGAGACUAGAUGUCAACAUCACGUCUGUCCUGCUGGAACAGUACAACAUGACCAAAAGCUCAUGGCUGGCUGACUACCGUAAGGAAGAGGAGCAGACCACCCAUGCGUCAGCUGCCAUGCCUUGGAUGGGUUCCUCGGUUGACCCACCCGCUCUCGGACAGAGUGUUCCUCUUGCCUACCUUAGAACUAGAAGCACAGCCAGCUUGUCCUGCCUCGAGCAGCAGAUUCACUCCAGAGCAGAUGUCAAGCUGUCGAAAAGGAGACAACCCUUUGUGCCAUAUGCCCUACGCAAUCAUACGGGAUGCACCAUGUGGUUCGCCACUCUCACCACCACCCCUACAAGGGUGGCGCUGUCUCACAGCAGCAGUGUGGACUCCAUCUCAGAUACACAUGGUCCUGGGACAGACGACACGCUCAAUGUCAGCCAGUGGAGAGAAGUGCUGCCAGGGGAGGAAGUUCCUUUUGAGUUUGAGGCUCGGGAAAAACUGCGCCACAGACACACGCAUGAGCUGAAGUUACAUCAGCUCCUGGUGCGCGUGGGUGGCUGGGAGCAGGUCAAACCCGUGUCCGUUGACAAAGUGGGGGUCUUCUUUCGCUAUGCAGCUCCAGACCGGAAUAAUCCCUCCAGCACUGUUGGCAGUCCAGUCAGUAGGACCAACAUCAUUCACCCACAUGUCUAUUUUUCGGCUCUUCCUCCGGUGCGAGUAGUCUUCUCCAUCACCAUGGAGGGCAGCGCCAGGAAGGUCAUCACUGUUCGCUCAGCUCUCAUGGUGAAGAACAAACUCGAUGUUCCUAUGGAGGUCAGACUGGACAGCCCUUCAGCUCCAGACAAGCCAGUUGUGCUGCCACCAAUCCUGCCUCGUCAGGCUUUAGCAGUCCCUCUCCACCUGACGUCGUGGCGGCUACAGGCUCGGCCAAAAGGCCUGGGUCUGUUUUUCUGUAAGAUGCCCAUCCACUGGACCAGCGUGGAGAGACCCGGCGAGGUCAGCAGCAGCAAGAGGGAGUGUCAGUCAGCCGACUUUGAGGACCACCUCAAACGCAGCUUCAGGUUCUGUGUAGUUAUCAAAAAGGAGAACUAUCCGGAGCAACAGCCUGCCAAGAGAGUGUCCGGCAGUGCCAAGCAGAUCUACCGACAGCCAGGCCACACCAUCUACCUGCUGCCCACCAUGAUGCUGGCCAACCUCCUGCCCUGUGACAUCAACUACUACAUAAAGGGUACCUCCAUCAAAGGCUCCCUGAAGCCGGGAAAAGAAGCGGUGCUCCAUGCUGCUGACACCUCCCAGAACAUGGAACUAGGAGUACAACUGGAAAACUUCCCUGUGUGCAAAGAGCUGCUGAUUCCCCCUGGCACGCAGAACUAUGUGGUACGCAUGCGGCUGUAUGACGUCAACAAGCGACUGCUCUGUCUGACCAUCCGCAUCAUCCUGAGAGCACAAGGAGCUCUCAAAAUCCUCAUAUCUGCUCCCUACUGGCUCGUCAAUAAGACUGGCCUGCCAUUGAUUUUCCGCCAAGACAAUGUGAAGGCCGAUGCAGCAGGCCAGUUUGAGGAGCAUGAGUUAGCCAGGAGUCUCAGCCCGCUGCUAUUCUGUUACACCGACAAGGAACAGCCCGCCAUGUGCACUAUGCGAACGGGGAAAGGGAUUCACCCGGACGGUGUUCCAGGUUGGUGCCAGGGCUUCUCUCUGGAUGGAGGGAGUGGAGUCAGGGCGGUGAAGGUUAUCCAGCAUGGAAACAGACCAGGGCUCAUCUACAACAUAGGUAUCAGUGUUCGGAAAGGGAAGGGACGCUACAGAGACACCAAUAUUGUGACCUUUGCCCCCCGCUACCUGUUGGACAACCGCUCCUCACACAAGCUGGCCUUCUCGCAGAGAGAGUUCGCACGGGGCAAGGGGACGGCCAAUCCAGACGGCUACAUAUCCACUCUGCCGGGCUCCAGCGUGGUCUUCCACUGGCCCAGGAAUGACUACGAUCAGCUGCUUUGUGUGCGCCUCAUGGACACGCCCAACUGCACUUGGUCUGGCGGCUUUGAGGUCAACAAGCCGAAGUCCUUCCACGUCAACAUGAGGGACACACUGGGGAACUGUUUCUUCCUGCGGGCUGAGAUCUCCUUGAAGGGUGCCACCUACCAGAUCUGCUUCAGCGAUACCGACCAGCUGCCACCACCGUUCCGCAUCGACAACCUUUCAGAAGUUCCGAUCCAGUUUUGGCAGCAUGGGGUGGCCGACAUGCGGCUCCACACGGAGGUGAAGGCCGGCUCGGUACUGGACUUUGCCUGCGACGAGCCCACCUUGCCGCCCUACCUCACCCUCACUGUGAAAGGUGCCGGCUCCUCCGAGGUCACGGCAGACAUGAACUUCUUCAGAGAAUACAAUAAGCUCUACUAUGAGAACUUCAUAUACAUCGCAGCUACGCACACCUUCUCACAGGAUACUGGGAAGAGGUCUGCCGGUAAGAAGCACCUGGUGAGCUGUGCUGAACUGGUGCUAGAUGUUGAGACCAAGACUCAGAGGGUCAUCCUGAAAAAAAAGGAGCCCGGGAAGCGUUCUCAGCUGUGGAGGAUGACUGGGACCGGCAUGCUUUGCCAUGAGGGCUCCUCUCCCCCGCAGAGUAAGCCAGCACAGCCGAGGCCACUUGACUCCUCCUUGGUGCUGGACAUCGCUGGGUUGGCAGCUGUGACCGAUAACAGUUUUGAGCCACUGAUGUUAAGGAGACCAGAUUCGCGUCGCAGCACAACACAAACGUGGCACUUCAGUUCCGGCAUGCUGACCUGUGGACUUCCCCGUUUGGUGGUACAGGCCAAAGGUGGGGUAUCUGGAUUGUAUGACGGAGCGGAAGUGGUGCUUGGUCCAGACUCAGGACUGCUGGAACCAGGUCCUGAACAGCAGUUCAUCAACCAGAAGAUGAGACCUGGCUCUGGGGUGCUGUCGGUCCAGGUACUUCCAGAUGGACCCACCAGAGUGCUGCAGAUAAGCGACUUCAACCAGCGGAGGAUGCUUCGGGCUUCAUCUGCCGCAGAGGAAGAGCGGAAAAAAGGCAGCGGGGGAAAGAAGGAGCCUCAUCAGGAACUUGAGGUGUUAGUGAAUUUGGAGGAAGGCCUCGGUGUGUCGCUGGUCAACAAGUUGCCCGAGGAGCUUGUCUUUACCACCCUGUCUGGUAUAGAUGUCCACUUCACCCGCACUGCCACUAACGAGGUCUUGGAGCUAAGCAUCCAGAACAUCCAGGUUGACAACCAGCUCCUCGGUACAACUCAGCCGGUGAUGCUGUGUGUGACGCCAGGCCCCAGUGAGAGCAACAUCGUGGACAGUGGUGCCGCCCUACAGGUCAACUCUGUUAAGGUUCCCAGCAACCUCAUGCUCACCGAUCUAUUCAAGCAUCUCAUGGUUACGGCCCGCCGCUUCACAGUCAUCAUAGAGGAGAAACUUCUGCUGAAGCUGCUUAGCUUCUUCGGUUAUGGACAGACAGAAGCAGAGCUGGAGAAGUUGGAGGAGAACCUUUAUGAGAAGCCCAGUGAGGAUGCAGGAACACCAAAGCGUUACUACUUUGAGAACCUAAAAAUCAGCCUCCCUCAGGUCAAACUGAGCGUCUUCACUUCCAACAAACUCCCUCCCGAUCUGAAGGCUCUCAAGGGCACGCUGGGGAUCCUGCUGGUCCGCUUUGAGGAUGCUGUGAUCAACAUGUACCCCUUCACCCGCGUCCAUCCAUAUGAGACCCAGGAGAUCAUUGUUAAUGACAUCCUCAAACACUUCAGAGAGGAGCUGAUGAGCCAGGCAGCUCAGAUUCUCGGUUCUGUGGAUUUCCUGGGGAACCCCAUGGGCCUCCUCAACGACGUCACUGAGGGAGUCUCUGAACUCAUCAAGUACGGAAACGUCGGCGGGCUCAUCCGCAACGUCACACAUGGUGUGUCCAACUCUGCAGCAAAGUUUGCAGGCACUCUAUCAGAUGGGCUGGGUAAGACCAUGGACAACCGCCACCAAAGUGAAAGAGAAUACAUCCGUUAUCAUGGAGCCACCAGUGGGGAGCAUCUUGUGGCAGGAAUCCAUGGACUGGCUCACGGCAUUAUUGGGGGCAUGACCAGCAUCAUCACCUCCACCGUAGAGGGAGUGAAGACCGAGGGCGGUGUCAGCGGUUUCUUCUCCGGUCUCGGUAAAGGUCUGGUGGGAACGGUGACCAAACCCGUCGCCGGAGCACUGGACUUUGCCUCAGAGACGGCACAGACGGUCCGGGACAUGGCCAGCCUGAGUAACCACAGGCUGAGCGUCCAUCGCGUCCGGAAGCCGCGUUGCUGUAAAGGACCGCAGGGCCUCCUGCCGCGCUACUUGGUGACGCAAGCCGACGGACAGGAACAACUGUUCCGCCUCACCGACAACAUCCACUCUGAAUUUUUCGUUGCAGUGGAGCCCAUCGACACCUACUGCGUGCUCAUCUCCUCCAAGGUGGUGUACUUCCUGAAGCCCGGUGAAUACGUGGACCGAGAGGCCAUCUUCCUGGAGGUCAAGUACGACGACCUCUACCACUGCCUGGUCUCUAAAGAUCACGGGAAGGUUUACGUGCAGCUCACAAAAAAGGCUGAGAGCUCCAGCAGCGGCGUGGCCAUCCCCGGCCCGUCUCACCAGAAGCCCAUGGUUCAUGUGAAGAGUGAGAGUCUUGCGAUCAAAAUCUCUCAAGAAAUCAACUAUGCCAAGAGUCUUUACUACGAGCAGCAGCUGAUGCUGCCGCCCAGCGAGGACGACAGCUGCUUACUACUGGAGUCCUAAAACC